AGUCCCUGGUAAAGCAGCAGUGAAACGGGAGCCAGACCAAUCUCUUCUCUGUGCGUGUUCAGUUCUGGUUUUGCUGCUGAAAAAGCACAGGGAAAGGACCACAUCUACGCUUUUGAUCCUGGAAAACUGCGGGAAAACUACCGACAAACCGGGUGGGACGGAUCGGGCAGUGACCAAAAGCAAAAGGUGGGGAAAGUGUGGAAUACUGUAGCCGAAAGAGGCAGCUCCAAUGCGGACUGGCUGGUAAGAUGUCUAAUGUUACGAUGGAAGCCACCACCAUCCUCCCUAUCCUCAAGAAGAAGCUGGCCUUCCUCUCAGGGGGUAAGGACCGGCGCAGUGGCCUCAUCCUCACCAUCCCUCUGUGCUCAGACCAGACCAGCAUGGAGGAGCUCAGUGCCACACUCGACUACCUGCUCAGCAUACCCAGUGAGAAGUGUAAGGCUCGAGGCUUCACUGUGAUCGUGGACGGCCGCAGGUCUCAGUGGAACAUCGUCAAGACUGUGGUGCUCAUGCUGCAGAACGUGAUCCCGGCGGAGGUGUCCCUGGUCUGUGUGGUCAAACCGGAUGAGUUCUGGGACAAGAAGGUCACUCACUUCUGCUUCUGGAAGGAGAAAGACCGGCUGGGCUUUGAGGUGAUCUUAGUUUCGGCCAAUAAGCUGACCCGGUACAUUGAGCCGUGCCAGCUCACAGACGACUUCGGAGGGACGCUGGAUUACGACCACAGCGACUGGCUCGGCAAAAGACUGGUGUUUGAGAAGUUCACCAAAGAGUCCACCUCCCUCCUGGAUGAGCUGUCAAUCAUCAAUGAAACAGACAAGAGCAGUGCAUUGGACAAAGACAAACCAGCGGACUGUAACCUGCUGCCGUCAUUUGACCCUGAAACUGUCCUCCAGAGCGGUCAUGAGUUGCUGUCCGAGCUCCAGCAGAGGAGGUUCAACGGCUCUGAGGGGGGAGUAGGGCCUGGAGGACCGGCGUGGUGUCCUAUGGAGGAGGAGCUUCUAGCCCAGCCUCAGGUGAUGAAGCUGCUGGACUCCCUGAGAGAGCAGUACACCAGGUACCAGGAGCUGUGCAGGCAGAGGAGCAAGAGGAGCCAGCUGGAGGACAUCCACACCAAGGUCAUGCAGGUGGUGACGUGGCUCCAGGGCCCAGGUUCUGAACUUCUCAAAUCCCAUCAGGCCAUAGGGGACUCCAUUAGGGCUGCACAGGCUCUGCAGCAGAAGCACGAGGAGAUCGAGAGCCAGCACAGCGAGUGGUUUGCGGUGUACGUGGAGCUGAACCAGCAGAUCGGCGCCCUCCUCAGUGCGGGAGAGGAGGAGGAGGUAGCUGAGCUCAAGUCUCUCCAGCAGCAGCUCAGUGACGUGUGUUACAGACAGGCCGCUCAGCUGGAGACCAGGCAGAACGUCCUGCAGGCCGCACACAGCUUUCACAGCACCGCACAAGAGCUGUCCCAGCAGCUGGACAGUCUUCUGGGCAUGCUCUGUGCAGACGUGGCUCCGGCUGAUGGAGCUGCCAUCCAACAGAAUCUGAAAAUGCUGGAGGAGAAGCUGCAGACUGUGGAGGCGGGCCUGACGUCGCUGCGGCAGAAGGGGGCAUUGUUGCUGGAGCAGAUGUGUGGGCAGACGGCGUGGCCUGUAGAGGAAGCAGACGGGGCGUCGGAGGAGCAGCAGGGGAAUGUCCAGCAGAUUCAAGCGGUCAUGGAUGAGAUGCAGCUCCGCAAGCAAAGGUGUGAAGACAUGGUGGACGUCAGGAGGCUCAAAAUGCUACAGAUGGUCCAAUUGUUCAAGUGUGAAGAGGAUGCUUUACAGUCAGUGGAGUGGCUGGGUGAGCUUCUGGAUGCGUUGCUGAAGACUCACGUCCGACUGGGAGACGACUCUCAGGAGACCAGGACCAUGCUGGACAAACACCGCAAGUUUGUGGAUGUUGCUCAGAGCACAUAUGACUACGGUCGCCAGCUGCUCCAGGCCACGGUGGUGCUGUGCCAGUCUCUCCGCUGCACCACCCGCUCCUCGGGGGACACUCUGCCCAGGCUCAACCGUGUGUGGAAGCAGUUCAGCGUAAGCGCCGACCAGAGGCAGGCGCGGCUCGAGCUGGCCCUGGACUUCCACACCGCAGCAGAGAGGGUGUUGCAGGAGGUGUGUGUGGACCCAGCUGCUCUGGAUGACGUAGACUCUUCAGGCAAGGCUCUCCUGGACAGACUCACUCUGCCGGUCAUCUUCCCCGAUGGGAGCGAGCAUUUCUUUGGCAGCCCCAGCGACACAGCGGUAGCAGCUGAAGGCGUCAGAGAGCGUCUCCUGCUGGUGGAGGAGCGGCGGUUACAACUGCAGGCGGCGGGCAUCGGUUACCAUAACGAGGAGGAGGAAGGGGAGGGCCAUGAGGAGGAAGAGGCGGGGCUUUUGAAGAGACAGGACUCUAAACUGGACGUGAUUGGAGAGGAGCUGAACGAGCGAGACGAAGGGGAGGAAGAGGAGGAUGAGGAGCUGCACAGAGACGAACAGGACUGUUGAACUCAGAUUAUAAUAUAAAAACAAACUUUAACCAUGAUUAUGGAGAUCUGGGGUCUACGGAGGCUACAUCCAGGGGCUCAUCCAGGGGCUUGCUACAUUUUGCUACAUGUCCCAACAUUUCAACUAACAUAUGCGUGAAAGGUGCACUAUGUAACUUUUUCUGAUGGAGACUCUGCCACCUGCUUGUCUCCAUGGAGAUGUUAAUGCAUUGUCUAAAAAGAUCCACAGUCAAGAUAGUCUCCAUGGAGAAAGUCAGUGAUUACAGGUCAGAUCUGUGGAGAGGCGACCCCGCUCACAGUAAGAAUGCAUGUUUUUCCAAAGUAUUUUUGACCAAUAAAACUUUUGGGAUUAAAUUAAUUCUAGAUAGAUGAGUUUAAUGCCAUACUGUGGAACAUUCUAAGCAAAGUGAAAGAAAAAGUUCUUUAUCUUGCAAUAUCAACUUUUUUGUAAUAAUCAAACACAAAGCCAGUCUAGUGGAUUUUAUAUUCCCAAAUUUGCUAUGUGCUAUAUGAUAAUGCUGUUGGGUGAGUCAGUGUGUCUCUACUGUAAUAAUGUUAAGAGGGGGUAUUAUGCAAAAUAUAUUUUUUGAGCUUUCUACCAUGUUAUAAUGUUGUUUUCUCAUCAAAAACAUGCAUAAAGAGGGUUUUGCUGUGAUACAUACAUAUUUGAGUAGGACCUGGGAAAGAUUGCUAAAUUACUCAAAUCCCCGUCAUGGCUCGUUUCUAGAUUUUAGAUUCUGUCCAAUGCUCAGCCCACAAGCCACGGCAUCUAUGCAAUUCUCCCUAAAUGUACAAAAACAGAAAACAAAACUGUACACAGCAAUUUCACCAACCUGAUGCGAUGCAGUAGCUUCAUUGGCGGGAUGCACGGGGGGAAUGGCUUUGGGCAGGGAGCAAGUCAGCGCGUCAAAAACGAGAGUGAAACAUAUAAAACAUGUCAAUAUGUUGUUUUCAGCGAAUACAGCAUUUUCAAAACAAUAAAAGGUGAUCUAAAUAUGUUAGGUGUUAGCAGUUAAUACCCCAUUGAAGUAAAAUACUCCCUCUUUAUGGUACACUUUAUCGUCACCAUAGGGAAUUGUGUCCCCUGCAUUUGACCCAUCCUUCAAUGCCUCUGGUUUAAACCUGUCAGGAGCAGCAAGACCUCCAGAUUUUGAUUUUGGUCUGGACUGCCUUAGCUGGAGGAUUUGACCUAUUGUGCAUGUUUUGGGUUACACGGUUGCAAUUUGUUACAUCACUAAAUCAUUUUAUACAUUGCUUUCACUACGGACAAUCAGUCUGCUUAUUGCCUUGCUAGAUGAGUAUAAAACUGAAAAAUAAUAGCUCACACUAAGACUGGGACUAAGCAGGACUCUGACCUCUUAUUAAAGUCUCCUGAGAAUAAUAAUGUAUGAAUCCUUUAUUCAAAUAUCUUAGAGCAUUCAAAGAAAGUAUUUUAUCAAACAAGUACUUUAGUGUUUUUAAAAAUUUGGGUGAAACCUUGUUUGAGCCACUCAGCCAAAAUGUCCUUAAACGGCUCACAUCAAUCUACUCUAGCAUCUACCAUGUGGAGUUCAACCAAAAGUGUGUCUAAAGGAGUACUUCUGUUAGACUGUUGUCAUUGGAUACACAGAGGAAAUCAGACAAGGGCUCAUUUUAACUGAACUUUUGUUUCAAUCAUUUUACACAUAUUUAAAUGUAUUUGAAUAAGGGCUGUGUGAUACAAUGGGAAAAAAGUAAAAUGUUUUUUCAUCAUAUUGAUCCAUUACAAUUUUUUAUUUUAUAAUUUUUUAUAUUUAAACAUUGAUGACAGUAUUCAUUUUCUGAACCUAAACGAAAUAGUUAAUUGUCACUUAAGUAAUCAUUUUAAACAAAAAAGUCAAAUUUGUCAGUAAAAACAUGCACUGAAUUUGGAAGAACAGAGGAUGAGUUGUAGACCUCUCCACUGACGACAAGCUGAUCAUUGGCCAUUAGUCAUGACUGAAUCUUGAUCUUGAUUAAAAUUCAAUCAAUUUCACAGCCCUAAUUUGUUGAGUUUUUAAUUGUCUCUACCACUUGAAUCUACCACACUGAAUAUCUAUCAUAUCCUAUCAUGUGCAGCUUAAAACACGUAUGAGAAAAAGUAAAAAAAAGAUGUUGGUUAAAGGUUUAAUAAUAUCUGCUUUGGAUGUAGCCUGCCAGCCCCAGAGCCUCAUUUAUGACCCUAUGAGCUCAAAGCUACAGCGAGUUUGUGGUUCUAAACUACAAAACCUCUGCACUAAAAGACUGAACACUACAUUUCCCAUCAGCCAUCUGGAAAAAAGCCUAAUCAAGCCUGGACUGUUACUGGACUUGUGAUAUUUCUGCUUUGUAAUACUUAGACUAUUCCAAUAGACCAACAUUCCCUUUUCCCCAUGUGCAUGCAACGUGUUACCGAAGUCGAAGGGAACAACUGAAUUUUCAAAUAUGGAGGCGCAAAAAGUCAUUUUUUAAACUAAAGUCUCAUGUUUCGCUGGUGCUAAACUGAAUCCUGUGUGUGCCUCUCUGUCUGCUUCUAGCCUUUGAUUGUUCCUUUGUGCUAAUAAAAACAUUUGGUGCCAAUGA